GAGUUGCCCUCAGCUCGGCAGACCAUACUUAAAUCCCCUCCACUGUUUAUUCAUUAGAGUGAACACCCCUCUCAACAGCUCAACAUGGAAGAUCGCUCCAACGAACCCAAAUAUCUGGAUACUGAAAUCUCUCCCCCAUCACCCCCCAGUAAUCCCAAAACAGUCGACUCUUCCCGCAAUACUCUUUCACCAAUAUCCACCCAUCUCAACAACGAGAACAUGUUUCAAACUCCCUUUCUCACGCCUCGGAAUCCUCCUCCCAAUACCAGAAGCGAGCCAUCAAACCCCGCAGAAACCACCAUAAUUUCCUUCGCCGACCCAUCGCCAACCCGCCACCAAAAAGAACCCCAUCCGCUCAAGAAUCGCAAAAACAAAUCAUCCGAUCCAUUUCCAAACUCUCUUCAUCACAAUCAGAAUCACAACCCCAACUCCAACCCCAAAUACCCAGCUCCAAACACUACAGACCCAAACUCUGCAUCUCAACCCCCCAGCGAACAUAGUUCCGGCUCCGACGCAGCUUUCUACUGCAGCGUCGGUAGUUCGAGCUCGGAUGGAGAAGAUGCAUCGAGUGAUUCUUGGGUUCCGGCUACGGAGAUAGAGAUGGAUAUUAAAUCUAGUUUGGCGAAAGUUUCAUUGCGGGAAGCUGGGUCUGCAGCUAGAACUGAUGGUGCUAGUGCUAGUGCGGUUAUAGAAGACGAGGAGGAUGAUGAUGAUAACAAUGGUGAAGAGGAAAGAAAUGAGAUCCAUGAUAAGGAUGGUAUGAGAAGGAAAUCGAAGAAAAGAUUUACAUUUUUGAAGCGAAUUUUUGGUCGGAAGAAGUCGAGGGAUGAUGAUGAUGAUGAUGGAGGGGUUGGUGGGAUUGGUUAAGUGAGUAUGUGUAUUGAUAAAUGGGA